AUGGACAAAGGCGACAAACCAUCGGGUCGUCUCUCGACCUCGAGAACUUUCCCCGUCAACAUCCACCACCGUCACCGCUCCGAAGUAACGCGCCCAUCAAACCAUAAUCAGUCUCAAAGCCAAAAUCAAAGUCAAACACGCAACGGCGCACCCGAGGAACGACAACCGUGGCCCCGGAGGUUGUUUGUCGAUACAUCGGAUCUCGAGCCUGCGUCCUCGAACGAAAAGACUGCCAAUAACAAUAACAGCAACGACAAUAGUAAUAGCAGCAGGAAAAGCGAAAAUCAAAAAUCACACCGAUACUCGAAAUCGCGAGACCACCGCCUCCCCCGAGCCGUGAAUCAGAUUGCUUCCGCCGGCGGAGCAAGAAAUCUCCUACCCAGCCGCUCAUUUCAUCGCCAUACCCAAAGCCAUGGCCAUCCAUAUUUCGGCGGCGGUGGCAGCUACAGAGAAGGGCUGCCAGAACUUAGCUUUCUGAAGCCGACAGCCACGAAAGAAGAUCCGUCACGGUCUUCGAGUGCGCAGAGGAAUAGCGGGAGUCGAGGGACUAGCCUCGUGGUUACGGAGGAAGGGGAUAGUGAGGCUGCGAGUCAGAGGCUAAGUUUGACGACUAUGGUUGGCAAGGAGAUCAAGACGGCGGAGGAUUUGAGUUUGGCGAGACAGGAGCGUGAGAAGGGAGAAGAAAUGCUACGGUCAAAACUGGCGAGUAUAGGCACACUCGCAACAGACAUCACCCGCCGAUUAGAUUAUACAUACUACAACCUCCUCGAACGCAUAUCGACUCUGUACUCAACAAUCCACACGUUCCAGGAACUGGUCGACUCUAGCGGAACGCUGCACGAGACAUUCCAGCACGACACUUCCACUCUCGAGUCGGAUGUACAUAAAAAACUCUCAGAAUUUGCAAAGUUUGACCCCCAGCGUCAGAGGAUCGAUGAGCUGGAACAACGCAUGAAGGCUGGAAAACAGAAAAUGGAGAAUUUGGGGGAAAGACUUGAUAAAGUCCGAAAGGAGAUUGAAGGGUGGGAAAUGAGGGAGGGAGAGUGGCAGGCGAGGGUUACUCAGAGGUUGAGAGUGUUGGGGGCGUUUGUGGUGAGUUUGGCGUUGGUGGUUAUCGUUGCGUAUGUUUUGAGGUCUACCCCGACCACAAGCACGGGGACACCGCUAUCGGUUCAGGAUUUGAACUCGAGGAUUGAAAUGUUGUCGCAGUUGCAUUCUAUGCCUGAUACACAUACGGACAGCUUGGAUGUCGACGUGGAUUUGAAGACGUUCCUGAAGUCGCCGCUGCUCAUGAAAAGUACAACGGACAGUGAGGAGACGAUCGACCAUCAUGAAUCCCCGAUUACAGAAACAGAUACUCAUGCUCACCAAAGCAACAGAAACCGCAACGGCAACAACAACCCAGCAGAUCCACUCCACCUAUUCGACGAACUCUGA